AUGAAAGCACAAGUAACAUCAAACCACCAGUUACAUCAAACCACAAGUAACAUCAAACCACCAGUUACAACAACCACCAGUGACAUCGAACCACAAACUGCCAAGUCACCACCUUCCCUUGUUCAGACUGCCCAUUCCCCACCUCCCCUUGUUCAGACUGCCCAGUCCCCACAUCCCCUUGUUCAGACUGCCCAGUCCCCACAUCCCCUUGUUCAGACUGCUCAGUCCCCACCUUCCCUUGUUCAGACUGCCCAGUCACCACCUUCCCUUGUUCAGACUGCCCAGUCACCACCUUCCCUUGUUCAGACUGCCCAAUCAUCACGUUCCCUUGUUCAGACUGCCCAAUCGCCACCUUCCCUUGUUCAGACUGCCCAGUCCCCAACUCCCCUUGUUCAGACUGCCCAAUCGCCACCUCCCCUUGUUCACACUGCCCAGUCCCCACCUCCCCUUGUUCACACUGCCCAGUCCCCACCUCCCCUUGUUCACACUGCCCAGUCCCCACCUCCCCUUGUUCACACUGCCCAGUCCCCACCUCCCCUUGUUCACACUGCCCAGUCCCCACCUCCCCUUGUUCACACUGCCCAGUCCCCACCUCCCCUUGUUCACUCUGCCCAGUCCCCACCUGCCCUUGUUCAGACUGCCCAGUCCCAACCUUCCCUUGUUCACACUGCCCAGUCACCACCUUCCCUUGUUCACACUGCCCAGUCCCCACCUCCCCUUGUUCACACUGCCCCGUCACCACCUUCCCUUGUUCACACUGCCCAGCCACCACCUUCCCUUGUUCACACUGCCCAAUCAUCACCUUCCCUUGUUCAGACUGGCCUGACUCUUGGUUUGUUUCUUUAA